CCACAUCCAUCUCCCGGUCUCUGCUCCCCGUCGCGACUCGAGUCCGCCCCCUUUGCAGUCCCCACUGCUUGUCCUUCCUUUGUCUUCAUCCUUCGCUCCCCGCCAUGGCGUACCAGUACUCCCAGGCGGCGGAAAGCACCAACCAUCUCAACUCCCACACCCCGUUGUCUCAACCCACCACACCCUACGGCUCAGGCGACCCCUACUAUAAUGAGUCCUCCGGCUACAUCGCUCCCCCGCAGGGUGGUGCUAGGAAGGGCGGUACCAGCAACUGGAUAAAUUCGGCUCGUGCUCACAAGUCGUCGUCAUCUGCAUCGGCGGCGGCGGUCACCGGCGCUGCAGCUGCGAGCUCCGCUGCCAGUGCAAAGGAGGCCGUUGGUGUAUUCGCGACUGGCACGGAUAGUUUGUACAUGCUUCCUCUUUACCCUUCGACGACCAAUUCUGCAGCCUUCUCCUCGCCCACGUUCCAGGCGCAGGCGUCCGGUGUCAGCUGGCCCACCGAGACUUGGGUGCCUUCCAACCCGUCUCCGACUCAAUACAAGUGGGACGCCCUUCAGACGCUCAUCCCGAACGAGCCGUACUUGAAGCACUGGAACGACUCGAUCUUCGGCAAUGCUACCGACUACUACAACCGCCUUGGCAACGAUCAAGAUGAGAUCAAGGCGUUCUCGUAUGCCUACCGCAUGACGAACAACACCAAAUGGGUUGACAGGGCAUACAAGGAGUUGCAGAACGCCGCCGGCAAUUUGACGGGCAGCUCGUUUGGACCUGACGACGCUACUCGGUGGAACCCAAUUCACUUCCUCGACACUGCAGAGUUGACCAACGCGUUCGCGAUUGCGUACGACUGGAUGUACGAUGCCUGGACCGAUGAGCAGAAGUCCCAAAUCAUGUGGACCCUGCUCAAUUACGGUCUCGACGCCGGCAUGUCCGCUUACGCCACGGGCGACCCGCAGUACUACGGGUGGUGGACGAACUACACGCAGGGCAACUGGAAUUGUGUGUGCAAUGGCGGCUUGACGUUGGGUGCGCUCGCAAUCCUGGGCGAUGAUCCCACUGGUACCGCAGAAGCAAUUCUGGGCUAUACCGUCCCCAACGCACUUCUCAACUGCGCUCAGGCUGUCUCCUCUGAUGGGACCUGGCAAGAGACCCCCAACUACUGGUACUUCGGUGUGACCGGUAACGCAGAGAUGGUCUCAGCUUUGAUGACCGCUACUGGCUCCGAUUUCGGCAUGCUCACCACGAACCCUGGCUUCGAACUCACCGGUCAAUUCCACAUGCAUGUCACCGGCCCUGCGUCGAUGUUCGAGUGGGGUGACAAUGGUGUCAACCUGUACUCCACGACCGCUAACGCCAUGCUCUUCUACGGUGAUGUCUACAACCACCCGGAGUAUCAACUGUUCCAGCGCGACCAACACGACGCUGCCGAGCCCUGGAGUAUGUUCUGGUACAACCCCGCUGUCUCAGGUGCAUUCUGGGAUGGUCUGCCCCUGGAUGCGUUCUUCACCAACCACACCGAUCAGUGGGCGUCGAUGCGCUCCAGCUGGACGGACGAGGACGCUCUCUACAUCGGGAUGAAGGCGGGUACCCUCCAGGGCCACCAGACACACAACGACCUCGACUGUGGUGAUUUCGUGCUCGACGCGCUCGGCACGCGGUGGGCUGGUGAGCUCGGAGAUGAGAACUACCUCGUCACCGGGUACUUCAGCAACGACUUGCAAGACAGUCAGCGCUGGCUGUACUACCGCAAGCGCACAGAGGGUCAAAACGCCAUCGUCGUAGGCGCUGCCAACCAACUUGUCACUGCGCAGCCGACGAUCACCAAUGGCACAGAUGGUGUCACGCAGACGGGCGGAACUACUGUCUUCGACGUCCCAGAUGGCUCGACGGCGUUUUUCACGGCUGAUCUCACGAGUGCUUAUGCCAACGUGACGACGUACCAGCGUGGUAUCCGCAUGCUCAACAGCAGGAAGCAGGUGCUGCUGCAGGACGACAUCACGGCGUCGGCGGGCAUUCAAUGGCGUAUGCACACAAAUGCGACUGUGACCAAGAACUCGAAUGGCUUCACGCUGCAGAUCGGCAACGAGAAGCUCGAAAUGACGAUUGUCAGUCCGUCGACUGGUUACACGCUGAGCACUCAGACUCCCGCUGGGCCUCUUAGCACGGAUCCUCCUCUGCCUUCGGGCCAGGCGGACCUGCCGAACACUGGCGUGACAGUCAUCAUGAUCGACCUCCCGGCAGGCCAGUACAGCUUGCAGAUAUUGUUCAGCCCGCAGUGGCCGGACAUGUCGUCGAGCGACUACACGACGUCGCCGCCGUCGGUGUCGGUGUCGGACUGGACCUUGUCGAGCCACGGCGAGAAGGGGGCGAGCAAUUGAUGGACAGGGACCUAGUUAUUACCUCGAGCACUCGUGUAGGACCCUCAUGACAGUGAUGGACGAUGAAUUUUUUACCAUAAUGUGUAGCGGUUUUAGUUCUUUACACUCUACUGGACGGUGUGUCGUCUGAAUCGCAUAUAUACCUCCCUGCCUGC